AGUUAUGGAUAGUUCGGAAAAGCGCAAUGAGGUGCCCAGUGUGGAAAUCGAAGUUAAGGAGGAGGAAAUCGAGAAGGGUGCUUUGGAAAUUUUGAAAAUUAUAAGGCCAAAUUGGGAGGAAUCCUCGAUUACGUUUAAGCUGUUGACAGAUGGCAUUACCAACAAGCUGAUGGCGUGCAAGCCCGAAGAGGAAGCCGACGAAGAGACCGUUCUGGUGAGAAUUUACGGCAACAAAACGGAUCUGAUAAUCGACAGAAAGGCCGAAACUAGGAACAUAUUGCUGCUGAACAGAGCCGGACUGGCGCCGGAUCUUUACGCCACGUUCCGAAACGGUUUGGCCUACAAAUUUUUACCGGGCAAAACUCUAACUUCGGACACCGUUAGAAAUCCAGUGAUUUACGAAUUGGUAGCCAGGCAGAUGGCGCGCCUGCACAAAGUACAACCGGACGACGGCAGGAACGGAUCACCAUUCAUUUGGGACAAAAUCAGAAGGUUUCUGGACUUGAUACCGGACGUCUUCAGCGAUUCGGAUAAACAGCGAAGGUUUUCCGGGAGCGGUUUCGCCAAAGGGAUAAUCGAGGAGGAAUUGCGAAGGGUGAAAAGCGCCGUUGAAACGUCCAGAGUGCCUAUUGUCUUCGCUCACAACGAUCUACUUUUGGGCAAUGUUAUCUACAAUGAACAAUUGUGCAAUGUGACAUUUAUUGAUUACGAAUACGCCGCCUUGAAUUAUCAACCCUUCGAUAUAGCCAAUCACUUUGCAGAAUUCGUUGGCUUAGCCGAGCCGCUUGAUUACGAUUCGCUUUAUCCGGAUAAGGAGUUCCAACAAAACUGGAUACGAAUUUAUCUGGAGGAAUUUACCGGUGUUCCUCCCAGCCAGAAAGACGUGGAAAGUCUUUACGUGCACGUGAAUAAAUUCGUCUUGCUGUCGCAUUUAUUUUGGGGCGUUUGGGCGCUUGUGCAGGCCGAGUAUUCCUACAUUAAUUUCGAUUAUAUGGGAUACGCUUUCGUUCGUUUUACGGAGUAUUUCAAGAGGAAGGAGUCGUUUUUGAAUUUGAAUCUUCCCAGCUGAUUAAUAGUUUUUAGAUGUUUUUUUUAUAUGUGCAAAGUAAUUAGGACAUAAUUUCUUUCACUCAGGUUUUACGUAAAUUUCACUCUUCUGGUAUUGUUUUUAUUAUAGUAAUUUCACUCCCGGGUAGCAAAAUUUAUUUUUUUAAACGCAUUUUUUAAUUGUAUAUAGGUAAUUAUUUUAAAUGUGUAACUAUAAUUUUUUAUUCCAUAUGUUGUAAACAUUCUUUAUUUAUGUAUAGGUAUUUGACCAGAGAUUAUU